UAGAUCUGACCUCUUGUCUCCAGGCCACGCCUCCUGCCAGGCUUCCUCAUCACAGCCACUUCUAGCCACGCCACACACCUCCACACCUCUGCACCUGCCUGGAAGCUCUUCCUGGAAGUCGGAACUCAAAGACCCCCUUUGUCCUCCCCACCCGCCCUCACAGCAGAGCCACGCGCUCCCUUUCUAGGGGGCCUCCGUGGGAUCAGCGGUUGCUCAGCUCCUCCCUUGGUCUCAUCAUCUUUUGCUUGUCUGCAUUCCUCACGCAGCUGGGAGCAUCUUGAGGGCAGCAGGGGUGCUGUCUGAGGUCCCUGGGUCCGCCUGCUUUGUGCACAAGGACCCUCAGUUCUGCUGAUUAAACGCUGGAUGACAGCAUGGAGCUGGGGCAGGGCAGUCCAGCCCAGAGGCCGCAUGGGGCCUCGGAGCCAGCGCUGAGAGAUGCCCCAUGACUGCAAGGCCACGAGGACAGAAUUUCAGACUGUGCGCGCCUGUCCCUUCAGAAAAGGGCUCCUCCUGCCUGGAGGCCAAGAUGGGAAGAGUGUCUCCCCCACCAGCGUCCCAUAGGCGGCCACUGCAGAGUGAGACCCAGUCAAUGUGGCCUCUUGCCUGUCUGGUGUGACAGGUCUGCCUGUCUGUCCUGAGUCUGAUCCCUGUCCCUCCUAAAGAGAUGGGGACAUUUCACCUGGGCCAAGGCAUGGCACCUGAAAAGAGAAACACAGCGAAACCACGUAAAGAACCUAGAGCCGCAUAGGGGUGAGAGGAUCCUCUGAGGUCUCCUCUGUCCCAUCCUGCGUUUCUCUUUUGUAGACCCCUCCCCCUCCGUAAUUCUGGAGGGUCUGUCAUCUCCUCUGUACUGUAACCCCAACUCCCAGCACAGGGCUGCGUGUAACAGAUGCUAGUAAACGUGUGUGUAGAGUGAACGAAGACAUUUUUGAUGACGAGAAGAGCAACACAGAAGGAUCUCAUGCCACUGAGCAACACACUCAACCAGAGCUAGGAUCCAGCGCCUUCAUUUCACAGAGGCGAGAGCUGGGGCCCCGGAGCAGCAAUGCUAAGAAUGGCUGUGGGCUCCCAGUGGCCAAGCCCCUCAUGGCUGCAUCACUUCUUCUCUCGCCCCUAUCAAGUCCCUAAGUACACACAGUAGCCCUUGGCCCAGAUGAGGAAAUUGUUUCAGUGGUUAAAUAACUUGCCCCGGGCUGCCUACCGUAUCAGGCAGGAUUAGAAUUCCGGCUCUUCCCCUGAGCUCCUACUGCACCCAGCCCCUAGGAAUCAGGUCUGGAGGGAAGGGAAGGGGGCAGGGGAGGACCCAGGCAGCCUAAGGACUAGGAGACACCAGGGGCAGGUGGUGACUUUUCCUGUCUGCCAACCCCGUGGCCCACUGCGAAGGAACAGGUGCGCGACCUGGUUCCGAGCCCACAGCGCUGCCACCCAGCUCCGGCUCUCGGAGGCAAGAAGCUGGGAACUCACACCGGGGCCCCUUUCUCAGCCGAGCCGAGCUCGUGUCCGUGUCCCCGACUCCUUCCAGGGAAAUGGCCCGGCAGAGGCAGAGAGGAGUGGGAGCAGCCGCCGCCCGGCGAGGACCACUGACGCACAGCUUCAAACAGCGUGCCACCGCCGGCCUGCUGGGAAACGCGCGCAGACCAAUCGGGCCCGAGGCAGAGACCGGCGGGCGGGCGGGGAGCCUGGAAGUGGGAGGGAGGGGCAGGCAGCGGGGCGGGGCACGGCGCCAGCCCGGAGGCCGAGCCCCCUCGGCCCCACCCACGGCAGCCUGCCGGGGGCGUCGCCCCAGUCCGCCCCAGUCCCCUCCAGGGCCCCGUGCCUGUUGGGGACCAUCCACGUGACUCGGUGAUGCAGAACGGUUGUGACCUUCAGCGUGUGUCUGUGAACGUGAGGGUCCCAGCAACAGUGCGGGUUUGCGCCCAGCCCCGCCUGUGGGUGCGGGGACGUGUGGGUGUGUGGGCAUGUGUGGGUGUGUUGGGGAGGGUGCCCAGCGACAUGUGACAAAGACUCCCGUCUCCGGGAGAUGGUGAAGGGGCCCGCGAGCUGGCGCUUUGUCUGGCUGUCUGCAGAGUGACGGUUCGCGCAGCGGCGGCGGCGGCGGCGGGCGCCCGUGCGGUGCAGGAUGCCGGGGCGCCAGGGCGGCCGGGGGCGCGCGCGCCUGUGCCAGGGUGAGUGCGCUGCGGCAGCACUGGGGGGCCGCACGGCGGGCCCGCGCCAGCCAGGGCCUUGGGCGUGACCAGGAGCCACCCGUGGGCGCUGCAGUGGCCGCGUGUCCCCGUGACCUCGGGAGCCGGCCCGGGCCGGGGUGGAUCCCCGCGCGCCCCUCCCCGUCCGCCCUCCACGUGCGUGUCCGCGGAGCGCGUGCUCGCUGGCGCGCACCCGCCUGCUUGUCGCCGCCGUCGCCGCCACCGCGAGCUGCGCCGGGAAAAGGUGCCGGGAACGAGUGAGUCGGGGCCGCGGGCCCGAGCGCCAUGGGCCGGAGGGUACGCGGCGGGCGGCCGGUCUGCCCCGGGCCUCGCCCCCGCGGGAGAGCCGCCUGGAGUCGGCGAGGGCCGGCCGGGCCCACGGGGAGGCCGGCCCGCGCCCCCUGAGCUACAGACACCAGGUGAGGGGGCCGCGGGGUACUGCGCGGAGGCUGGCCAGGGAGGGGCGAAGGGCCACAGAGUUGGGGGGGUGCCCUUCCUGGCGGGGGAGGGGAUGGCGCGAAGGGAGGUGCUGGCGAUUCCUGGAGACGCCAGGGAAAGGAAGUUCCAGGACCCUCCCUGCUCUUGUGGCCACCUCUGCUUCCUGCCUCAUGCCUUACCUUGUCCCCAGAGCCUGGACUCCCCCUAACUGCUUAGGAAAUGUGAUCUUUACUCAGGGGGGCCUGUCCCUGCAAGCCCCAGCCUUCCCUCAACCCUGGGGGACCCCUGCGGCCUCUGACCCUGACCCCCUCCAGGCCAGGCUCUGGAAGCUGGGCCCUGGGCACAGUGAGCCUGCACCAGCCCCACCUGUGCCUGGGCUGUGGCCCUUCCCCACAGGGCGCUCGCCAUGGCCCCACCGCUCCUGCUGCUGCUGCUGGCCAGCGGAGCGGCCGCCUGCCCACUGCCCUGCGUCUGCCAGAACCUGUCCGAGUCGCUCAGCACCCUCUGUGCCCACCGAGGCCUGCUGUUUGUGCCGCCGAACGUGGACCGGCGCACGGUGGAGCUGCGGCUGGCCGACAACUUCAUCCAGGCUUUGGGGCCGCCAGACUUCCGCAACAUGACAGGGCUGGUGGACCUGACACUGUCCCGAAAUGCCAUCACCCGCAUCGGGGCCCGCGCCUUUGGGGACCUGGAGAGCCUGCGCUCCCUGCACCUGGAUGGCAAUCGGCUGGUGGAGCUGGGCACCAGCAGCCUGCGGGGGCCCGUCAACCUGCAGCACCUCAUCCUCAGCGGCAACCAGCUGGGCCGGAUCGCGCCAGGCGCCUUCGACGACUUCCUGGACAGCCUGGAGGACCUGGACCUGUCCUACAACAACCUGCGGCAGGUGCCCUGGGCUGGCAUCGGUGCCAUGCCUGCCCUGCACACCCUCAACCUGGACCACAACCUCAUCGACGCACUGCCCCCGGGCGCCUUUGCCCAACUCGGCCAGCUCUCCCGCCUUGACCUCACCUCCAACCGCCUGGCCACACUGGCGCCUGACCCGCUCUUCUCCCGGGGGCGCGACGCCGAGGCCUCGCCCGCCCCCCUGGUGCUGAGCUUCAGCGGGAACCCCCUGCACUGCAACUGCGAGCUGCUCUGGCUGCGGCGGCUGGCCCGGCCCGACGACCUGGAGACGUGCGCCUCCCCGCCAGGCCUGGCUGGCCGCUACUUCUGGGCAGUGCCCGAGGGCGAGUUCUCCUGUGAGCCGCCCCUCAUCGCCCGCCACACGCAGCGUCUCUGGGUGCUGGAGGGCCAGCGGGCCACACUGCGGUGCCGGGCCCUCGGUGACCCUGCACCCACCAUGCACUGGGUGGGCCCCGAUGACCGGCUGGUGGGCAACUCCUCCCGAGCCAGGGCUUUCCCCAACGGGACCUUGGAGAUUGGGGUGACAGGCUCUGGAGAUGCAGGGGGCUACACCUGCAUUGCCACCAACCCUGCUGGCGAGGCCACAGCCCACGUGGAGCUACGGGUGCUGGCCUUGCCCCACGGCGGGAAUGGCAGCGCUGAUGGGGGCCGCCCGGGGCCCUCGGACAUUGCUGCCUCAGCCCGCACUGCUGCCGAGGGAGAGGGGACACUAGAGUCUGAGCCAGCCGUACAGGUGACAGAGGUGACCGCCACCUCAGGGCUGGUGAGCUGGGGGCCGGGGCGGCCAGAAGACCCCGUGUGGAUGUUCCAAAUCCAGUACAACAGCAGCGAGGACGAGACCCUCAUCUACCGGAUCGUCCCAGCCUCCAGCCACCACUUCCUGCUGAAGCACCUGGUCCCUGGUGCCGACUAUGACCUCUGCCUGCUGGCCCUGUCACCCGCCACUGGGCCUUCCGACCUCACAGCCACCAGGCUGCUGGGCUGUGCCCACUUCUCCACACUGCCAGCCACGCCCCUGUGCCAUGCCCUGCAGGCCCAUGUGCUGGGCGGGACCCUGACUGUGGCUGUGGGGGGUGUGCUGGUGGCUGCCUUACUGGUCUUCACUGUGGCCUUGCUGGUUCGGGGCCGGGGGGCCGGGAACGGCCGCCUCCCUCUCAAACUCAGCCACGUCCAAUCCCAGACCAAUGGAGGCCCCAGCCCCACGCCCAAGACCCACCCGCCGAGGAGCCCCCCGCCUCGCCCCCAGCGCAGCUGCUCCCUGGACCUGGGAGACACAGGCGGGUGCUACGGUUAUGCCAGGCGCCUUGGAGGGGCCUGGGCCCGACGGAGCCACUCUGUGCAUGGGGGGCUGCUCGGGGCAGGAUGCCGGGGGGUGGGGGGCAGUGCGGAGAGGCUGGAAGAGAGUGUGGUAUGAUGAGAAGGGAGCCGGCCCAGGGCAGAGGGCGCAGAGCAGGCAGCCGCCUGGCCUGGGUGGGUCAGCACUGCCUGGGAGUCCCUCCGGGCUGGUUUUACCCUUGGUACCUCAGGCCCCCUUUAUGCUUGGCAGGACAGGGGGCCCUUUCCCUGGUUCUGGCCUCCAGACGGGCAUAAGGGGUCAGGUCCCUCUGACAGGUGCUCACAGCCACCAAGGUAGGGGCUGCAGCCACCAAGUGGGAGUCUUGUUUUUCUUUAUAAUAAAAUUGUUGGGGACACCUCA